AUGUCACGUCAAGCAGGAUCGAUUUAUAGCAGAACCAGUGGCGGAAGUUGUAAUGUACCUCAGGACAUACAAAAUGGACAUGUAUCAUUAGCUAAUAUAGCAACAGCAUUUUUAAGUGAACGAAAAUCAUCAGCACGUCGUCAAAAUAGUGUUCGAAGAAAAACACGUUUGACCAUUAAAGGACAAGCAUCAAAUGCAAAACGACAAUCAAGUUAUACAACUACAACAGACGAAAUAUUAGAUCAAAGAUUAUCAACAGAAAAUAUGGAUGCUGGAAUUACUACACUUUUUGUACCUACCAAUGCAGUAACCAAUGGUGAUAAUAAACGUCCAUCCAAAAUGAUACUUGAUGUUCAUUUCUAUUAA